AUGUCUAGUCACGGUUCGAUUCCAGACUUUGCUUUCGCCGAAACCUCGAGCGUGCUCUCGCUAGAGUCUCCUAGCCCUCCCCACCGGCCCAUCAUGGAUGCGUACAGUAAGCGCGUCGGUGUCAAGAGGUCCCUAGAUAGAGCCACUGCCGAAGGUGUCGCCGGAGACAUCCAAGCCCCGCAGAUUGUCGUAAUAGGAUCUCAAAGCGCUGGAAAAAGCAGUCUAUUUGAAGGGAUAUCUAGGAUCCCUCUGCCGAAGAAUCACGGUACUUGUACCCGAUGUCCAAUCAUCUGUCAUAUGCAAAAUAAGAACCGGCCAUGGUCGUGCAGAAUCGGCAUUUUGCGUGAAGGCAAAGGAAAAAGUGACUCGAACUCACUACAUCAAUACAUACAGUUUGGAGAGAUCAUCUACUCUCACGAUCAAGUCCGCGACCGCAUCUCUCGCGCGCAGGCCGCUAUUCUCCAGCCUUCCCAAGACCUCCAACAAUUUCUCGAUCCAUCCUUUAUGCAAGAACGGAUUGAUGGGUUUUCAUUUGACUCUAUUGUUGUCGAUAUCGACGGUCCAGAUGUCAUAGACCUUUCCUUUGUUGACCUCCCAGGAAUUAUCGCUUCUGGCCCACACGUCGACGACGUUCAAAAGAUGGCAGAGAAGUUCAUCAGCAAACCCUGCAAUAUUAUUCUCCUUGUGCUAAAUUGCGCAGACGACAAAGAAAAUCAAGGCGCUGUGGAUAUCGCUCAUAAAUACGACCAGGACGGAACGAGAACAAUCACUGUCUUGACAAAGCCGGAUAAACACGAUAUUGGAGACGAGGCCAGGACUUGGCAGGACUUUCUCCGUGAAUCUCCAAACCGCUUCUGCGUCAAGCAGCCUGGUCCAAAGGAUCAGCGUAACAUGAGCUGGGAGGAGGCACGUAAGCAAGAGAUGGACUGGUUCCACAAUAAUUGGUGGGCAGAUGUUGCGAAUGACCCGGAUACGUGUCGUCAAGUCGGAACGGAGAAUCUGACAAACUACCUCAACUCCGAACUCUUGAACCGUUUGGUCGCUCGGCUUCCCGCCAUCCAAGAGGACCUACGCAAAAAGCUGCGCAUCCUCAGAGGCGACCUAGACAACUUACCUCCACCGAUCGAGGAUCCAAUCAAGCAGACGAAUCAGCUAAUCUGGAAGUUCGGCGACGCGAUCAAAGCUGCCAUCAGUCACGACAACUUCAAGAUACCAGUACUCGUCGGAGAGUGCCGCCGUGAGCUCGAAAAAUACACCAACGUACUCGUGUACCACCUUUUCCCUCGUUUCUGCCCAGUUCAGUCUCAGUCGGCUUCGACCUUUCGUUUCGACGAUAUGGACGACUUUCCAACUGCUUUACCAAAGCCACCCAAGGUUUCUGCUGAAUCUGCCAAACCUCGGGUCGUAUACCUUGACGAAAUCAUCCAAAAAUGCGAGGUGGGCCGUACUUUGGAGAUGCCAGGCAAUUCCCCGUACGGCGUUCGCAAGGAGUUCAUGGAAAUUGCUGUCAAUGCAUGGCAAACCGAGGUAGAAAAGGUCCUGGAUGAUGUCUUCGACCGCAUCUCGCGCAUCUUCGACGCGGUCCUGACUGACAAGUUUGGCAACAUUGGUGGCCUAAACAUUAUGUUGGCGACUGUGCAAACCCACCUCGAAAAUCGUCGUAAUGCGGUGCGACAAGUCCUACUGGCGUCGCUUAAAAUGGAGAAAAGAUGCUCGAUGAUCUAUGGAUGCUCAGAGUACUUCCAUCUCAAAGACAUCUACUAUCAGCACUAUCUAUCCCUGCGGUCGGGUGGAAACGGAAAGAAGGCCCGCACGAAGAAGUCGCUGCGCGCUGGUGAUGCGAUUCAUAUGGCGGCAAACGUAAUUCCGAAUCCUGGAAUCCAGGCCGCCGCUCACAUCGUGGGCGGAGCCAUCAAUGCCCUGGAUGGGUCAGACGAAGAAGACGCAGUAGAGGAUGACAUAUCUCCCGAGGAGAAGCACGCAAUCGACGUCAUGGCAGAGACGCGUGCCUUCUAUCAUAUGGCCGUCCGGCGAUACGCCGAGGGGACAUGCCAAAUCAUCUUCCACGACCUGCUGCUCGACAUCCAAGGGGAAUCCGAACUUCAAGAGAGCCUUCGUACCGCAAUUGGAGUGUCAAAUGCCUUCGCCUCUCCCGGCGAAGACGGUGAGGUCUUGAAGAGGUGUCAGGCGUUUAUGGAGCCAUCUCCCGAAGUCAUCGAGCGGAGAAAGACGCUACACCGCAGACGUGAAACAUUGCAGUCGGUCUUGAGCGAACUUAUGGGGUUUAAUGUAGCGAGGAGCGCCGAUUAG